GCCAGUAUUACGCGCGUCAUGGUGCGUUGAUGUUCGUCUGCAUUCCCAUGAUAAACCGUUAAAAAAGUGCACGUUAUCGCGUGGAUGAAGACGAGUUAGUACGUUUUCUAUUUGUCAAGAAAGAGAGUUGGCGGUGUAAUAAAAAAAAAACAAAAAUAAAAACAAAAACAAUGGCGAUUCAAGAUGAGAUCGGGGUCGGUGAUUUCGUCCUUCUCGACGAGAUAACGACGGAAAAAGUAGUGGAGAAUCUCAGAAUAAGAUUCAAUGCUGGAAGAAUUUACACGUACAUAGGAGAAGUAUGCGUGAGCGUAAAUCCUUACAGGACUACAAGCAUUUAUGGCCAGAAUGAGAUAAAUAAAUACAAAGGCAGAGAACUGUUCGAAAAUCCACCGCACAUUUUUGCAAUCGCGGAUGCUGUACACCGGGAAAUGAAGCAACAGGGCAGGGACACUUGCAUCGUAAUAAGCGGGGAAUCCGGCUCCGGCAAAACGGAAGCCAGCAAAAUAAUCAUGAAGUACAUCGCCGCUGUUACCAAUUUGUGCGGUCAGCAAGAGAUUGAGAGGGUGAAAAAUGUACUGAUUCAGUCGAAUUCGAUAUUGGAAGCGUUCGGCAAUGCGAAGACUAACAGAAACGACAAUUCCUCCCGUUUCGGUAAAUACAUGGACAUUAAUUUCGACUUCAAAGGUGAUCCGGUCGGUGGACACGUGACGAAUUAUCUUUUGGAAAAAUCUCGUGUUGUUUAUCAGCAAAAGGGAGAGAGAAAUUUCCAUUGUUUUUAUCAGAUGCUGAGCGGUUGCAGCGAGGCAGAACUCAACAAACUAAGAUUACUCAGAGACCCUGCUGCGUAUUACUACGUUGGACAAGGCGAUAACAAUAAAACGAGCCCGAACGAUCGAACUGAUUACAAAUCAGUUACAACAGCGAUGACGACACUGGGUUUUUCGACGAAUGAGACUCACGUGAUAUGGAGUAUACUCGCUGGAAUUUUACACCUCGGCAACAUAACGUUUAGUCUCGAAGACGAAGCACUGAGCGUCGGGAAUCGAGGGGCUUUAAACGAUGCGGCUAACUUAUUUUCAAUCGAUCCAAAAGAAUUGAGCACAGCUUUGUCGCAAAGAGUAAUCGCGGCGGGCGGUGAAGUAAUGCAGAAGAGCCACACGUUCAUCGAGGCCGAAUACGGGAGAGACGCGCUUGCUAAGGCCAUUUACGAAAGGUUGUUCACCUGGAUCGUUUCGAAAGUUAAUGACUCGAUCAACGUCCACGAUUCGUCCGGGUACUACAAUCGUUACAAACGCACGUUAAUCGGCGUUCUCGAUAUUUAUGGAUUCGAGAUUUUUGACGUCAACAGCUUCGAGCAAUUUUGCAUCAACUAUUGUAACGAAAAGUUGCAACAAUUGUUCAUAGAGUUGGUUCUCAAACAGGAGCAAGAAGAAUACAAGAGAGAAGGUAUAGCCUGGCAGGCGAUCGAGUACUUCAACAAUCAAGUGAUCUGCGAUUUGGUUGAGCAACCACACAAAGGAAUAUUAGCCAUAAUGGACGAAGCUUGCUUGAAUGUUGGAAAAGUCACCGACGAAAUGCUGCUCGAAGCUAUGGACAAAAAAUUAAUCGAUCACAAGCAUUACGCGUCGCGACAAUUGAAGCCAAUGGACAAAGAAUUGCAGCACAAAACACAAUUUCGAAUAAAACACUACGCAGGCGAUGUCGUUUACGCGGUAGUUGGCUUUCUCGACAAAAACAAGGACACCUUGUUCCAGGAUUUCAAGAGACUCAUGUACAAGAGCAAAAAUUCUUUGAUUAGCGGAAUGUGGCCUGAGGGAGCUCAAGAUAUAACGAAGACUACCAAAAGACCUCAAACAGCCGGAACUCUUUUCCGCCUUUCGAUGUCUGCUUUGGUCAAUAAUCUGACGAGCAAAGAGCCUUUUUACGUGAGAUGCAUAAAGCCGAAUGAGGUCAAAUCACCGGUAGUUUUUGACGAUGAGAGGGUCAAUCAUCAAGUGCGAUAUCUGGGACUGGUCGAAAAUAUUCUUGUCAGGCGUGCCGGUUUCGUCUACAGACAACGAUACGACAGAUUUUUGAAGAGAUACAAAAUGAUCUCGCAAUACACUUGGCCCAAUUUCCGUGGCGGAAGCGACAAAGAAGGUGUUCGGACUUUGUUGGAGGAAGAAGGCUUCGCUGAUGAUGUCAAAUACGGACAUACUAAAGUUUUCAUAAGAUCGGCGCGUACGCUAUUUGCAUUGGAGAAGGCCCGAAGUGAUUUUAUCCCUGGAAUUGUGACUUUACUGCAAAAGCAAUGGCGAGGAUACCUCUGUCGGAGACGAUACAAAAAAAUGAAAGCUGCUCUCGUUAUAAUGGAUUAUUACCGUCGUUACAAAAAAUACAUUUACGUGAAAGAGCUCGAGCGUAAAUUCAACAACGCUAAGAAUUUACGAGAUUACGGAAAAAGCAUAACUUGGCCACAAGAAAACUUUGCCGUUCGUUCGGCAGUGCCAGCUCUUAAAAUGAUGUUUGCGCGGUGGCGUGCUUGGAUGAUACUCAGAGCGAUUCCACGCGAAGAUUGGCCGCAGUUGCGUCUAAAGAUGGCUGCUGGCGCGGUCCUUCGAUCGAAGCGUCAAUUCUGGGGCCAAGUGAGGCGGUGGGAGGGAAAUUAUCUCGCAAAAUUCGACGAGAAUGAUCAUCACGACGUGUUCAUAGCUUCUGUUAAUAAUCUCCGAAAUUCCGAUCACUUUAAGAGUGUUUUGUUCAGUGGAUUUAUCCGGAAGACUAACAGAUUUGGCAAACAAGCUGACCGCGUUUUGCUGAUAACCGAGCACUCGAUUUACAAAUUGGAAAGUUCUAAGUUCAAAACAAUGAAGAAAGGCAUGCCUAUCGCCGAAAUAACAGGGCUCAGCGUAUCACCCGGUACGGACCAGCUCAUAGUUAUACAUUCGAACAGGGGGAACGAUUUCAUAAUGUCGAUUAUCGCUAAAGAGGACAGAGUUGGCGAGUUGGUUGGAAUCCUGAGCACGCGUUAUCAUCAGUUACGAGGAGCAGACCUCCAAGUGACAGUCGAUACGAAGUUCAAAUGCAUGAUUGGUAACAAAAAGAAAACACUGAAGGUCGAAGUCUCGCCGGACGUGACGGAACCAACGUUCCGUCAAGCUGACAGCUCAAUUAUAUUUGCCAUUCCACCCUCAGUCGGAAUAAUCAAUCCUGACGUAAACUCGAGGCAACAGAUUAGAACGGCCAGUUAAUCGGAUUCACGAUUCCUUAUUUCUAUCUUCCUAAUCCGUAUUUCUGUUUACGGUUUUCCAUUGUAAAUACUGUCUCUAUUUCUUUUCAUCACUGACAAACAAACAAAACAUUGAUACGCUUUUCCUUCCGACAUUAGCACUUAGAGAUUUGUUAGGUAAUUUAUAACAUCAAAUUUCAUUGGUCUUUAAUUUGUAAUAUAAUUCAUUUCGUGUUAUUGCGAUUAACGUAACGCCGGAAAGAAGGGACCAAUCAUCGGGGUGCUUAUUGUACCAGAAAUGAGCACUGUUCGAAUUUCAAAUUUUCAAAACAAACAAUUGAUUUGAAACAAUUUUCAUUCUACAAACAAAAGAUGACAAAGAUAUUAAAUUUGUGGGCCUUUGUUUCAAAUUGUGCUCGUUUCUGUUUUGUUCCACAUAUAUGAACGAAAUGUGAUCAAUUUCUCUUUUUUCCCUCAAUUACGAAGCCUAGCAGAACUAACAAUUAAUCGUGCCUUCCCAACAGAUUCAUAUAUAUAUAUUUAUAAAUGCUUAUUCUUGAUAGAUAUCAUCUACAUUUUUUCGGAUUAUUCCGGAAAUAUACGUAUAAAAAAUGAACGUACUUAAUGAAAUGCCUGCCACUAAAUUUGAUGAUAGGAUCAUCGGAGCGUUAACGACUGCAGUCGACCAAUGAUGCCUUCAAAAAAGCACAACUACAAGUGAAAAAACCGUGCCAUUGAGAAACGAGGAAAAUCGAUGUUAAUCCGUUAUUGCGCGAUAGCUUUUUCUUUCUUUUUUUUCUCUGUUUUGUUUUUUUCUUCUCGUCAAUGAAGAAAAAUCAGCUUUUUUAUAUAUUGAAAUUGUUUUAUUAUUAUUGUUAAAAUGUGUAAAUGCAAAACACGCGCAGUAUUUAAAUACAAAACGGGUGUUAAUCCAAA